AUGGAGGAGGAACCGAAACGAGAUGAUCGCUCCGGCGAGACGCAGGGUAUGGCAGAUGACGGUCCAGGGGAGAGAUCAGAGCCGCUCGCAGGGGAGGCCGCACCGGCACCGCAGCCGUCGCGGCUGCCCUCGCCCGCGGCACCGCCUGCAGUUGGGGAGGCAGGCUUGCCGGCGCCCGCGGCUGCGAGGCGGGUUGCCGCCAGCGCAGGGCGUUCCCAGCACGCCGCUCCGCUGCCGACUACGGGAAACGUCGCGGUGGAGUCAAACCUUCCCGAAACAGCGAAGGAAGACACCACCGAGCUGGUCGCGCUUCUGCGGUCGCUCAACCAGCUGAUGACUCAGCUGCCGGUGCUCGUGGGAGCAGUGACGGCGGCCCUCCAGGCCAUCGCCGGGAGAGGCCAGCCUUAA